GCGCGCAGCAUUCCGGCGCCGCUCGGCGUCUCAGUCGGUGUCGAGCCGCCGAGGUGAGCGGAUCAGACCCGAGGCCGGACAGUAACCGUUGAGGGUUAGUCGCGUGUUGCGCGCGGGUCCGUAUCGCGGGGAGGGCGGUAUCUCGACGGGAAGCCAAGGAGCGAGGGACGCAGGAGCAGGGCGACGUGUAAGAUGAGCGGGUUGCUGAAGCUGUCGGCGUCGUUGCUGCCGAGGAGUCUGCCCGGUGCGGCGACGCUGAACAAGCUGGGACUGCCGCUCCUCGGCAACCGCAGGCUUCACCACACGCCGGACCGAACGGCCAAGAUCUCGGACGAGAUCUCCAAGCAGUACCCGUUGGUGGACCACACGUAUGACGCGGUCGUAGUGGGAGCCGGCGGUGCCGGUCUACGCGCGGCCUACGGCCUCGUGGCCGAGGGAUUCAAGACCGCGGUGGUCACCAAGCUGUUCCCGACGAGGUCGCACACGGUCGCCGCCCAGGGCGGCAUCAACGCCGCCCUGGGCAACAUGGAGGACGACAACUGGCAGUGGCAUAUGUACGACACCGUCAAGGGCUCGGACUGGCUGGGCGACCAGGAUGCCAUUCACUACAUGACCCGCGAGGCACCGAAGGCCGUCAUCGAGCUGGAGAACUGCGGCAUGCCUUUCAGCCGUACCUCUGACGGCAAGAUCUACCAACGUGCCUUCGGUGGUCAGUCCCUCAAGUUCGGCAAGGGCGGCCAGGCUCACCGAUGCUGUUGCGUGGCCGACAGGACCGGCCAUUCGUUGCUGCACACACUUUACGGCCAGUCGCUGAGCUACGACUGCAACUACUUCGUCGAGUACUUCGCCCUCGAUUUGCUGAUGGAGGGCGGCGAAUGUCGCGGCGUGAUCGCGCUCUGCCUGGAGGACGGGACCUUGCAUCGUUUCCGCGCCAAGAACACGGUGCUCGCCACCGGCGGCUACGGGCGCGCCUACUUCUCCUGCACAUCCGCGCACACUUGCACCGGGGAUGGCACCGCCAUGGUCUCCAGAGCCAAUCUGCCCAAUCAGGAUCUGGAGUUUGUGCAAUUUCAUCCCACAGGCAUCUACGGCGCCGGAUGCCUGAUCACGGAAGGUAGCCGCGGCGAGGGUGGUUAUUUGAUAAACAGCGAGGGCGAGAGAUUCAUGGAGCGUUAUGCACCGGUAGCGAAGGAUCUGGCGUCGCGAGACGUGGUGUCCAGAUCCAUGACAAUGGAGAUUAGAGAGGGCAGAGGCGUCGGACCAGAGAAGGAUCAUAUUUACCUGCAGCUACACCAUCUGCCGCCUGAACAGCUGGCCGCUCGGCUGCCGGGGAUUUCGGAGACGGCGAUGAUAUUCGCUGGCGUCGACGUGACUCGAGAACCCAUCCCCGUCUUACCCACCGUUCAUUACAAUAUGGGAGGUGUGCCAACGAAUUACAAAGGUCAAGUGUUGACCAAGGAGAACAAUCAGGACAAAGUAGUACCCGGCUUAUAUGCAUGCGGUGAGGCAGCCUGCGCGUCCGUUCACGGCGCUAAUCGACUGGGUGCCAAUUCUCUAUUGGAUUUAGUCGUGUUCGGGCGUGCUUGCGCUAAAACUAUUGCCCAAGAGAACAAACCUGGCGAGACGAUCGGACCUCUGAAACCUAACGCCGGCGAGGAGACGGUAGCUAAUCUAGACUGGGCCAGAAACGCCAACGGUUCCAUCUCCACCGCGGAAUUGAGGUUGACUAUGCAGAAAACCAUGCAGACGCAUGCGGCAGUCUUCAGAGACGCUGGUAACUUGCAAGAAGGCUGUCGGAAGAUGACUGACCUUUACAAGAAACUGGACGAGCUAAAGGUCGCGGACAAAUCUUUAAUAUGGAAUUCCGAUUUGGUAGAGACGCUUGAGCUGCAAAAUCUCAUGAUCAACGCAAUGCAGACCAUAAUCGGAGCGGAGAACAGGAAGGAGAGUCGCGGCGCACACGCUCGCGAGGAUCAUAAACAGAGAAUCGACGAAUACGACUACAGUAAACCGAUCGAAAAUCAACAACCGAAACCGUUCGAUCAACAUUGGAGAAAGCACACGCUGUCGAAGAUUAAUCUGAGAACAGGAGAGGUGUCUCUCGACUACAGACCGGUGAUCGAUGUUACGCUCAAUCAACAGGAAUGCGCGACGGUUCCGCCAGCGAUUCGUUCCUACUAGAUUAAUUUUACAAACAACGGACAAUAUUAAAAUCCAUCGCCCUAGGACUUUCAUCAACCGAAUUUCGGUCUCAGCGCAAUUCUCGACCGCAGCCUAAUAUUGAGCAUUAUUUAGACUGAACUGUAGCGCAAAGGAAUCGUCGCCGCUAUGAUUCUCGUGCUGGAACUGUUGCGCAACGAAACUGUUAUAAUUAAUUUAUUUCGUACAUAUACAUACACACACAUACACACACACACACCCCAACUUCAUCGUGCACCAAAGUUGAUUCUUGUCACUUGCUUGCGCCGUGAGUCGCACGAGCAGGAUUAAUGAUCCUUGUAGGAUGCCGGUGCUGAGAUUAUUGUCCUCUCGUCUACGUGAGGGAGUACGCACGAUCUCGCUCAGCGGAAUCGGUACUCACAAUCAGUUCAACAAGUAAUAGUCGAAACUAGAACAAUUCGCGGUAGCAGAAGGAGGUCUGUAUAUAAACCACGGAUCUUUUCAGGAAAUGCGUUUUCUCCUCUGUAAUAUAGUACAAUGUAUCCAGUACACGUUCUCAUUGCACUCAGGCCCGUGUACAACGUAUUCUUGCAUGCAGUGAUAGCAGACACCACUGACGAACUCGAUUGAAUGUUAUUUCGCUUACUAUACGUGAAUUAUAAAUUCGUGUACAGUAAGAUUUUUGCAAACCUCUAAUAAGGACUUGUUAAGAAAUCUGCUGGCAAUUCUUAAUAUGUCUACGUUUCUUGAAUUAAUAAUUUAUUGAUUAUUUAUCAUGUAUACCUUUCGAGUGUUUAUUGUUAAAUCAUAAUAUUUCUUCAUAUAAUUUUUAUUUCUGAAUUGAUAUUUCAAAUUAUUGUUACAGGCAAUGGUACUUUGAUGCUGUACCGCUGUACUCUGAUACUAUUAUCAUUUUCAAUUUGACGUUUAUUGCGACUAUUUAUACAUAUUUAUACGUAUAUUACGGAGACAUACAAGAGUUUGAAAGAUCUAUUGUUAAAUGCUCUUUUUCGUAGUUCAUACUCUUGUCGAGAAUCAGUCGACAGUAAAAAAUUAAUAAUUAUGAUGAUUGAUAUACUGGA